AUGUCAUCGUGUCACGUGACCCGUCGCGAUGACAACGCGGCAACAAACUGCCACGUGACUGACUGGGAGGCUGAAUCCGCAUCGGAACUACACAAUAAUUUACGAUCAGGAAGAUCCCGACCCUUGGAGCCCAUGACCCUUGAACAACGAGCGCUCCAUGGCCCCCAUCUGCCUCAAAUUCCCCCGCAAUUCGGGGUGUCGGCACCAGAAAAGCCUUUCCAUAAGUCCGAGAAGCCAGAAUCCUGGUACUCUAUACUCACCACGACUGGUUGCAGUAAGCCGGGGACGACAUCAAUACCCCCACAUCGCGGCAAAACAUUAGUCAAGUUUUGA